AUGUUGACUCUUCAGUUGGUUUCUCUCAUGGUCCUUGCUGGCCCCGUGUGGUCUUUCGACACGGCCAAGGACAUUGCGACAGUUGAGAAGGUCAAGAGCCGCGUGGCGGACCUCCAGAAAUCCUUGUCUCUUACCGUCAACAAGGAAAAUCCGCCCUACCAGUUUACCGACAUUGCCAACGAGCCGGUCUGCCCCACCAAGAUCACCAGCUGCAAGACUGUCUACUUCAGGGACAUGAACUGGCUCGAUGCCCUGGGCAAGGUCAGCAUCAGCGCGCAGGCCAACGUGGACGCGGACAUUGAGACCAGGCACGACGGCGGCGCGGCGCAGCCCGAUAAGGUCACCACCAAGACGUCCACCAUGCUCACCAGCACCACCACCAAGGGCUGGAAGGUCGGCCUGAAGCUCACGCCGCCCGGUCCCGUCGGCGGCCUCAUCGGCGGCGACGUCUCGGGCGAAUACAGCGAGCAGUACGCCGACGCCAAAGCGACGACGGUCGAGCGCUCGGUGGAGAAGCCGUGCCCGCCCGGCCACCGCUGCACCAUCCAGACCAUCACCUACCAGGCCACGAUGCCGGGCAACUGCCUCUCGUACCCCAUUAUUGACUGCGGCGGCGGCAUCGACCCCUGCGGCACGUUUGGCCAGACACCGGUCGCGAGCAAGUACCCCACCACCGAUGUCAUGGGUGCAUUCUUCGGACCGUGCCAGCAGUUCACCGACUUUGCCAACCGCGAGUGCAACAGGGACCUCAAGGCGACGAAGCCGUGCGAGAUCACGCUGCCCAUCCUGGAUGCCUCUGGCAAGCCCUACUCGCACAUGAUUACCACGCAGGAGAAGCUGGACCCUGUCGCUGCCCGUCGCGCCGGGGGACGCCUUAUUGUGCGCCAGCAGGGUAACUCUACGGAGGCUGGAGAGCCGCCUGCGGAUCUCAUUGUUGAGUUUUUGGAUCCCAUCUAA